UUGUGUGGUGUUCCAUUCAUAGCACUCUCGGAGGACGUGGUGGGCUUGAGAUAAUAAAGCCCUGUUUAUGCCAUGGAGGGCUGGGGAGGUGGCUGGUGUGGGGUGACAAGGAGUAGGGAAUCCAGGAAUUAUUUUGAUUCCACCCAGGGCAGGGCUGCUGUGUUUUCUCUGAGGCCAACUUUCAGGGAAAAGAAGGAUCUUGCUGGGAUUUUGCUCAGGCCUAAGUCUGCCAGUUGGGAUGGCCUGGGGCCUAAGAAAUGCCUAGCUUCCCUCCCCACCUGUCCCCAUGGAGGGAGACUGAGAAGAUGCUGGAUGAACUAGACGAUGGCUCCUUCAGGAGAGAGGUUGAUUGACUUAUGCGCAAUUUGGGACGCUGGAGUUUACCUUCCCUCUGCAGCCUGGAACGGAGCCUCCCCUGGUGUUGCAAGGAGGAGGCUGAAUGAGGCAGAGAGGCUGAGCUCUGUCCGGGAGGCCCAGUUAAAGCGGCUCAAGGUGACAAGACCCCGAGUGCUGGGGAGCAGGGAGCGGGGCCGGGUGCCGAGGAUGGCCAGGCAGCCACCGCCGCCCUGGGUCCAUGCAGCCUUCCUCCUCUGCCUCCUCAGUCUUGGUGGAGCCAUCGAAAUUCCUAUGGAUCCAAGCAUUCAGAAUGAGCGUAACUUCCACUGGACACGAAACAGCAGAUUCUUCAACAUUGCCAAGGACCCCCGGGUGUCCAUGAGGAGGAGGUCUGGGACUCUGGUGAUUGACUUCCGCAGUGGCGGGCGGCCAGAGGAAUAUGAGGGGGAAUAUCAGUGCUUCGCCCGCAACAAAUUUGGCACAGCCCUGUCCAAUAGGAUCCGCCUGCAGGUGUCUAAAUCUCCUCUGUGGCCGAAGGAAAACCUAGACCCUGUCGUGGUCCAAGAGGGUGCUCCUUUGACGCUCCAGUGCAACCCCCCGCCUGGACUUCCGUCCCCGGUCAUCUUCUGGAUGAGCAGCUCCCAGAGCCCACCCCAUUCGUCUUGGUUGCCCCUGCUCCCCACUCUCCACAGCUUCCACUGGACACGAAACAGCAGAUUCUUCAACAUUGCCAAGGACCCCCGGGUGUCCAUGAGGAGGAGGUCUGGGACUCUGGUGAUUGACUUCCGCAGUGGCGGGCGGCCAGAGGAAUAUGAGGGGGAAUAUCAGUGCUUCGCCCGCAACAAAUUUGGCACAGCCCUGUCCAAUAGGAUCCGCCUGCAGGUGUCUAAAUCUCCUCUGUGGCCGAAGGAAAACCUAGACCCUGUCGUGGUCCAAGAGGGUGCUCCUUUGACGCUCCAGUGCAACCCCCCGCCUGGACUUCCGUCCCCGGUCAUCUUCUGGAUGAGCAGCUCCAUGGAGCCCAUCACCCAAGACAAACGUGUCUCUCAGGGCCAUAAUGGAGACCUGUACUUCUCCAACGUGAUGCUGCAGGACAUGCAGACCGACUACAGUUGCAACGCCCGCUUCCACUUCACCCACACCAUCCAGCAGAAGAACCCUUUCACCCUCAAGGUCCUCACCACCCGAGGAGUUGCAGAAAGAACACCCAGCUUCAUGUAUCCCCAGGGCACUGCGAGCAGCCAGAUGGUGCUUCGUGGCAUGGACCUCCUGCUGGAAUGCAUCGCCUCCGGGGUCCCAACACCAGACAUCGCAUGGUACAAGAAAGGUGGGGACCUCCCAUCUGACAAGGCCAAGUUUGAGAACUUUAAUAAGGCCCUGCGUAUCACCAAUGUCUCUGAGGAAGACUCCGGGGAAUAUUUCUGCCUGGCCUCCAACAAGAUGGGCAGCAUCCGGCACACGAUCUCGGUGAGAGUAAAGGCUGCUCCCUACUGGCUGGAUGAACCCAAGAACCUUAUCCUGGCUCCUGGCGAGGAUGGGAGACUGGUGUGUCGAGCCAACGGAAACCCCAAACCCACUGUCCAGUGGAUGGUGAAUGGGGAACCUUUGCAAUCGGCACCACCGAACCCAAACCGUGAGGUGGCCGGAGACACCAUCAUCUUCCGGGACACCCAGAUCAGCAGCAGGGCCGUGUACCAGUGCAACACCUCCAACGAGCAUGGCUACCUGCUGGCCAACGCCUUCGUCAGUGUGCUGGAUGUCCCGCCUCGGAUGCUGUCGCCUCGGAACCAGCUCAUUCGAGUGAUUCUUUACAACCGGACGCGGCUGGACUGCCCUUUCUUUGGGUCUCCCAUCCCCACUCUGCGAUGGUUUAAGAAUGGGCAAGGAAGCAACCUGGAUGGUGGCAACUACCAUGUUUAUGAGAAUGGCAGUCUGGAAAUUAAGAUGAUCCGCAAAGAGGACCAGGGCAUCUACACCUGUGUCGCCACCAACAUCCUGGGCAAAGCUGAAAACCAAGUCCGCCUGGAGGUCAAAGACCCCACCAGGAUCUACCGGAUGCCUGAGGACCAGGUGGCCAAAAGGGGCACCACGGUGCAGCUGGAGUGUCGGGUGAAGCAUGACCCCUCCCUGAAACUCACCGUCUCCUGGCUGAAGGAUGACGAGCCGCUCUAUAUUGGAAACAGGAUGAAGAAGGAAGAUGACUCCCUGACCAUCUUUGGUGUGGCAGAGCGGGACCAGGGCAGUUACACGUGUGUUGCCAGCACCGAGCUAGACCAAGACCUGGCCAAGGCCUACCUCACUGUGCUAGCUGAUCAGGCCACUCCAACUAACCGUUUGGCUGCCCUGCCCAAAGGACGGCCAGACCGGCCCCGGGACCUGGAGCUGACCGACCUGGCCGAGAGGAGCGUGCGGCUGACCUGGAUCCCUGGGGACGAUAACAACAGCCCCAUCACAGACUACGUUGUCCAGUUUGAAGAAGACCAGUUCCAACCCGGGGUCUGGCAUGACCAUUCCAAGUACCCCGGCAGCGUUAACUCAGCCGUCCUCCGGCUGUCCCCGUAUGUCAACUACCAGUUCCGUGUCAUUGCCGUCAACGAGGUUGGGAGCAGCCACCCCAGCCUCCCGUCCGAGCGCUACCGAACCAGUGGAGCACCCCCCGAGUCCAAUCCUGGUGACGUGAAGGGAGAGGGGACCAGAAAGAACAACAUGGAGAUCACGUGGACGCCCAUGAAUGCCACCUCAGCCUUUGGCCCCAACCUACGCUACAUUGUCAAGUGGAGGCGGAGAGAGACUCGAGAGGCCUGGAACAACGUCACAGUGUGGGGUUCUCGCUACGUGGUGGGGCAGACCCCGGUCUACGUACCUUAUGAGAUCCGAGUCCAGGCUGAAAAUGACUUCGGGAAGGGUCCGGAGCCAGAAUCUGUCAUCGGUUACUCCGGAGAAGAUUUACCCAGUGCCCCCAGGCGUUUCCGAGUCCGGCAGCCCAACCUGGAGACAAUCAACCUGGAAUGGGAUCAUCCAGAGCAUCCAAAUGGGAUCAUGACUGGAUACACUCUCAAAUACGUGGCCUUUAACGGGACCAAAGUAGGAAAGCAGAUAGUGGAAAACUUCUCUCCCAAUCAGACCAAGUUCACGGUGCAAAGAACGGACCCCGUGUCACGCUACCGCUUUACCCUCAGCGCCAGGACGCAGGUGGGCUCUGGGGAAGCCGUCACGGAGGAGUCACCAGCACCCCCGAAUGAAGCUACUCCAACCGCAGCUCCUCCCACAUUGCCCCCGACUACCGUGGGUGCGACGGGCGCUGUGAGCAGUACCGAUGCUACUGCCAUUGCUGCCACCACCGAAGCCACAACAGUCCCCAUCAUCCCAACUGUCGCACCUACCACCAUCGCCACCACCACCGUCGCCACAACUACUACAGCCACUGCUGCCACCACCACCACGGAGAGUCCUCCCACCACCACCUCCGGGACUAAGAUACACGAAUCCGCCCCCGAUGAGCAGUCCAUAUGGAACGUCACGGUGCUCCCCAACAGUAAAUGGGCCAACAUCACCUGGAAGCACAAUUUCGGGCCCGGAACUGACUUUGUGGUUGAGUACAUCGACAGCAACCAUACGAAAAAAACUGUCCCAGUUAAGGCCCAGGCUCAGCCUAUACAGCUGACAGACCUCUAUCCCGGGAUGACAUACACGUUGCGGGUUUAUUCCCGGGACAACGAGGGCAUCAGCAGUACCGUCAUCACCUUUAUGACCAGUACAGCUUACACCAACAACCAAGCGGACAUCGCCACCCAGGGCUGGUUCAUUGGGCUUAUGUGCGCCAUCGCCCUCCUGGUGCUGAUCCUGCUCAUCGUCUGUUUCAUCAAGAGGAGUCGCGGCGGCAAGUACCCAGUACGAGAAAAGAAGGAUGUUCCCCUUGGCCCUGAAGACCCCAAGGAAGAGGAUGGCUCAUUUGACUAUAGUGAUGAGGACAACAAGCCUCUGCAGGGCAGUCAGACAUCUCUGGACGGCACCAUCAAGCAGCAGGAGAGUGACGACAGCCUGGUGGACUAUGGCGAGGGUGGCGAGGGCCAGUUCAAUGAAGACGGCUCCUUCAUCGGCCAGUACACCGUCAAAAAGGACAAGGAGGAAACAGAGGGCAACGAAAGCUCAGAGGCCACGUCACCUGUCAAUGCUAUCUACUCUCUGGCCUAAUGGAGCCCACCCAGGCACAGCCACCACUUUGCAAGUGGGAGGAGGGGAGAGGGGGAAACUAAACCACUGCAGACCUACCACAAAGCCACCACCACCUUCAGUAACAAGGGUACAAUAUGGGGGUCUGCCAAGCUGUGAGGAUCAGGGACCACCAAGCCACCCAUAAGCCCCCUCCCAAUGACCCCCCUUCAGCCCCGGGUGCCACCAGUGUGGGAGAGCUGGAGCCGUGGCUGAGCUCAGCUAGAGGGAGUCUGGCCCCUUGCCCAGUCUCACAGCCACCCCCGAGCGUUCCACCACACUGCCCGCCCUUGGCCUCGGCACAUGCUCACCGUUUCUGUUGGUUACAGGACUUCUCAUUGUCUUAAUUUUGCUUUGUGCAUCUUCCCCUCCAGACCCGAUGUCUCCGUUUUCUUUUCCUUUUGAAAAAGUGUUCCUGGAAAAGAAAGAAAAAGUAGAUUCUCCCCCAGGAGACCACAAAGAUAGGCAAAAAGGAUUGAAUCCGUACCAGAACAUGUAGACAGGCUGUAAUAUUCAAACCACCUCUGGGCCAAUGCAUUUCCGAAGGAUGCCUUUCUCGCCAUAUGCCUCCCCUGGCUCCCAACCCCUCUGCCUCGGCCUUGUCAGUUGCUGAGCUGGGCUUGGCUUCUUUCUGGAAAAUGACAGUAUUUUUGGCAGGGAGAGGGUGUGCAGGCCUCCUUGCUGCUCUCUGGUUCGGUUGGGAGGUGUGUUUACCUCUUGCUCCUCAUUCCCCCCCUGCCCUUUUCUCUGGUGUAUCUAAGAUGUGAGCUGCACUGACUCUGAAGAAGUUUGAGGAACAGGAGUGAGCACUGAUAGGAAGGACUUCAACGCCAGUGACUGUGUACCUCAAGCAGAAGAAAAUCAGGUGUCUGGUCUUGGGGGAACUCUGCUUACCUCUAGAGAGAAGAAAAAGGCUGGGUUUGGACUUCCUUCCUCCCCACUGGUGAAACCCAGGAUGUAGAUAGAGGGCCACACCCACUCUGUCCCAGAGGGCACCUGUCCACGUGACUGGGGCCCACGCUGCCACCCUGGAGGAGAUGGAAUGCUGUGAUGCAAAAGCUUUGCUGGUGCGUUUGGGGCAUAAGGCGCUGCUCCCCUUCCACCUCUAGCAGAUAGAUAUCAUCUUCUCAGCCAAUUCUGUAGGACACUGAGGCUUUUGUUUGACAUGGUAUGUGGAUGGGGACUUGCCCCAAGACUGAGCCAGUCUGCCCUUUCAUUGGGGUGUAUACAUAUCAGGGGACCUGCGGUGGCACCGUACUCAGUGCUGUGAUGCCCCCACCUGGGGAGGACUCAAUGCUCUUUGUAUGCCUUAUGCAGCGCUGAUCUGCCCCUGGAGUUCCCAGGUUCCCAGCCCCUCCCUGCAAGCCUUGAAGCCUCCAGCGAUGUCCGUGUCCAGGAGAGCAGGGCAGCCUAUGCAAGUGUUCCGGCAGGACCAGAAGCGGCCACCCAACACACGUCCUCACCAGUCACCCCAAAUGGAGACACUCGCAGACCUGCAGUUGUCAGACCGAAGGUGCUGCCUUCAUCCUCCCCACCUAAUGCAUUUUUGAAACCAAAGGUACCUAGCCUCAGAGACAGAGAAGGAGAGGGGGAGAUCUUGAGUCUAAGAGGAACCCUGUAGCUGUUUCUGUAGCUCCGGUCAGUUUCAGGAGGGUGAAGCUGAUCCCCAGGAACGAAUCAGCUGCCAUGGGCACAGCCUCUGAUUUGAGCCUCCAGCUGCUAGCCAGGGGGCCUGGGCCGGACCAGGGCUCUGUCCUUCAGUGACUUUAUUAAAGCAUCAUUUGCCACAUGUUUAAGCUGCAAAGGUAUUAGCAAUGCUUGCAUCAUUAAUAAUCAUUCAGUUGAAGGUCAAGCCCAUAGACACACACUCUCUGUCUGCUGGUAAGAAAUCAUAGCCCAGAACUGAGCCAAUAAGGCUGUUUGAACCUGAGAGUGUGUGAUGGUCAUUUGGGCCAAGCCUCAGCCAGGGCUGCUGCCUGGACGCCUGAGGGGCAGCUUAUCACAGUGCAAGGGGACAGGGUAAACAGCAGGGGGUGGGGCAUGAGCUUGGAGGGCCCCUCCCCUGGCUUUCCUCCAACACCUGCUUGGAUACUAGGCCCACUGUCCCUGAAGGGAAUGUCAGGGAAGUGUGCCUGUGAGCUGAAUUAAAGGACUGGCCUUUCCAGAAAACGCUUUGGAUCUGA